GCCUCCACCUUACAUCUUCUCCAUAACCUACGCUGUACCUUUCGUUCUUCCCUCCCCCCCCCUCUUUCUCCUUUUUCUUUCUUAUAAAUUCUUUCAAAAUGUUGAACGCAGCGACCUCCACAGCUUUGACAUUCUCCUCAGCUCCAAAUUUCUAUCGUUCUCCUUCAUCCUUAUCGAUUGUUCUCCCAAAUCCAAAGACUAUCAUAUCCACUUAUGCGCGGAGUUCGGUCCUUGCCGUCAUGGAGAAAGCCAUCACUCGCGGACACUUGACAGUCGCCGAUUCUGAAGGCGUUCAUCACUUCGGUACUCGCUCAAAAGGUUCUAACGAUGUCUACCUCAAAGUCGUCAACACUGACUUUUGGAUGCGCAUUCUUUUGUACGUCCCCUUCAUCACCCCUCUUAUCAUGUCUAGAUCCUCAUCACCCUUCAGUUCUCAAGAUCUGGGCUUCAGUGAAGCCUAUAUGAUGGGAGACGUCGAAGUAGAUAACUUGAAGGGCGUCAUGGACCUUUGGCUGGACAAUGAGUCUGGAAUGGACCACUUGUCUUCCGCCGUCUCUCGCGUAACAUCGGCAAUUUCCGGGAUAUCAAAUGCGUUUCUCGGCCAGACGCGCUCCAAAGCACGUUUGAACGCCAUCGCCAGUUACGAUCAAUCCAAUGAGCUAUUCAAGGCCUUCUUGAGUCAGGAGAUGAUGUACUCCUGUGCCCUAUGGACAGAAGCAGAAGGUGGCGUCCGUGGUGACUUGAUUUCAGGUCCCACACCCGGCGAUUUGGAAGCUGCUCAGCUCCGUAAAAUUCGUUAUGUUCUCACUGCCGCAAAAGUAAAACCAGGUGACCGGAUACUAGAAUUCGGUUCUGGUUGGGGCGGUAUGGCUAUCGAGGCUGCUCGCACGUUUGGUUGCGAAGUUGACACUUUGACUUUGUCAAAAGAACAAAAGGCUCUUGCAGAGGAACGCAUUAAGGCGGCCGGUCUGCAAGAUGUCAUUCGUGUUCAUCUCAUGGAUUACCGCGAGAUCCCUCCUUCUUUCGAAAAGGCCUUCGACGCAUUUAUCAGCAUCGAAAUGCUUGAGCAUGUGGGCUCUAAGCAUUACCAUGGUUACUUCAAACUCGUCGACUUUGCUCUCAAAUCCAGCAAUGCAACAGCUGUGGUUAGCGCAUCAACGUUCCCAGAAUCGCGGUACUCUGGCUAUCAGCCCGAAGACUUCAUGCGCAAAUACAUGUGGCCUAAUUCAUGCCUUCCGAGUGCCACGGCACUCAUCACUGGCGCAAACACCGGUUCAGAAGGGCGUUUCACGCUCGAGGGUGUCGAAAACCACGCAGCUCACUACCCACGGACAUUGCGCGAAUGGGGACGUCGUCUUGAUGCCAAUGUCAGACAAGAUCUGAUCGUCCAGGACUACCCUAGUCUAAAAGACAAGGCCGAAUUCGAUAUUUUCCGGCGCAAAUGGCAAUACUUGUUCGCAUAUGCGGGUGCUGGUUUUGCCAAGGGUUACAUCACCUGCCAUAUGCUCACAUUCACCCGUCCUAAUGACUGUCCCGUCACCUGCGACUGAAAUUAAAGUGCAUCAUUGUCCGCGUUCUGAUUCAGGGAUCCGAAUUAUUCUGGAAAAGGAUCUUAUAAAGAUCGAUGCCUGUGCACAUAGACUCGUGCUCAUUACUACUUUAUUCCUCCCAUUAUUAUGCUGAUGAUCUCCUGCCUAUAUAUUCCGCUCGACUGGGAACAUUUCGUUCUACUCGACUACUGUAUCAAUACGUUGCAUAGAUCCGCGACUUUAUAUCGUUACUUCUGCAUCCAUAACACCUUACCACUGUCUCCUAUUUACGUACGGGAAUAUUAUUGUUUUAUGAACAACUACCCUCGGUAUGGCAACUUGACUUCGCCGCUGUUGUAAGCAACUUGUUCCGAGCAAGGGUCAAAGAGCU